AUGCCGAUGGAGAUUGACCGGUUGCAGCAGAAGGGCAAGGACAAGGGCAAAGGCAAGGGUAAAGAGAACAAAGGAAAGAGCAAGGGCAAGGAGGACAAGGGCAAGCCUGAUGGGCAAGAGCUUUUUGACACCAAGGAUUGUUGGAUUGUGAGACAGGUUGAAGCACUGCCAGCAGCAGUCAACAAACUACUUCAUUGUCGACCACGGCAACCAGCAUUACAAGUGGAGUGGAUGCAAGCAAAGCAAUCCGACGAGUUUCACAAUCUUCAAGACAACUGGAUCAUCGGUGACGGCAAUCGAGUCUUCUUCAGCCGGUCUGUGAGAAGGGUGGCCAAUAUGAGCAAGGAGUACUUGGGCUGCUUCCAGAACUUCACGGCCGACAGUUGGGAGUAUCAGCAGAACUUUGGUGGCAGAAUUGUACCAUCAAAGAGAUUGGCAUCCAUGGUUGGCGCUCAGUUGAGUGUUCCCUUGCCAGAAGUUGCAGAGGAUGAUCAUGAUGCCAAGGAGGCGCUAGCUUUCAGCAGAUCCUUUGCCGGGAAAGUUGAAGAAGCUCGGGAUUUGGUCACCAAGGAAGCGGAGGUGAAAGAGAAGAAGGAGAAGGAGAAGGCAACCGAGCUGAAGCCUGAUGAAAUGGCUGAGGAAGCUCGCCUUGAGCAUGUGGCUGCCGAACGAAUUCAGAAGGAGAGCGAGGACAUUUCAUCAGCAGGCAUCAGCUGGAUGAUGCUCUGGAUAGUGGCGCUCACCAUGACUGUCACUGGUCUGUGCAUUGUCAUCUACCGGUUGUGGAAGAAGGUGAAGGUGAUUGAAGAUGAGCUGAUAGAGAUCAAGGACAAUGCCAAGACGGAUGGAAUGAUGAUUGGAGCCUAUGGUCAUGAAGCCCAGGAAGGCAUCAGGGGGGUGAGAAACUAUGUGCAGCGAGUUCGCAAGGGCUUGAUCAAGGCAUCUGGCUACAUCGACCCAGAAGAUGUGGAGCCAUGCGAAUGGCUUUACUGGGGUUACAUCCAAAGAUCCAACAAAGACUUUGACUUGAGGAGGCUUGAUGAUCAAUUGCAGGCCUACAAAGAAGAAGAAGAAGCAAACCGAAAUCGAUCCAAGACAAGAAUCCGACUUCCAAGUGGACAACGCGUGGAAGAAGAGGGAGAAGAAAGCAAGGAAUUGCAGUCAGGAGAGAUGGCUUUGGUUCAGUUGGACUCAGGUGAGAUUGUGAACAUUCCGGUAGAAUAUAUACAGCCAAGAGAACCAGAAAGUGAGGCUGAGGGUGAAGACAUGGAAGUGGAAACAAACCCUCAUGAUCGACGUGAUGACACCGACGUGAACCAGAGUUGGCAGAACGAUCCAACUAUGAGUCAGGCAACAAGUGGUAGCAUUCGAGAGGGGCAGAUCUGGAGCUUGAAAAGCUUGGAUCAACCGAAGCAACGUGCUAGCUUAGAGCUCGACAGCGCCUCCUGCACCUUGAAAAGGAAUGGUGGGGAGCGAGUUCACGAGAUGAUGUUGAGCUCAGAUAUGUUUGGUUCUGGGACUUUCACCAAGAAAUACCGUUUGCCUGUGGCGUCUUGCGAUCGAGCCUUGUGUGAAGCGCUAUCGGGGCCCUCAGUCUUCGCCUCCGCGGCCGAAAGCUUUGAGCUGCGAUAUGGUAUACCGCCGGAGCUGAUCCCCGCACUUUGCGCCGGGAGAUUGCUUCUUGCCUUGAUGUUUCUAAAUCCAGUUCAUGCUCUCUGGACCAACUUGGCUUUAUCUCCAUUCUACAUCAGCAUUGCGGUCUCCUUGAAUCCGGGUGGGUCGGUAACUGCAACGAUUUUCAACGAAUUGUUUCUUAUUGCACAGCUGACACUGGUUUGCGUGUAUGUUGAUGUAAAUGUGAAGAAGGCGGAGGCCAGUACAAUAUCAAUGGAAACGAAGACCAAAGAAGCUCACACAAGCGUGGCUGCUGCAUGCCGGCUUUUGAGUGUGACAUGCGACUCUUUUGUUCAGCUCACCGCAGAUUUACGGAUAAAAGAUCCACAGCGAUCCUUUCUGGAACUUCUAGCAGGGGACUACAACUUGGAAGGAGCUUCAAUGAUUGAUUUGAUCAGUCCAGCUGAUCGAAACCGGUUCCUUGAUGUGAUCUCAGAGUCUGACGAGAAUUCUCGAGACGGGAAUUCAGUCGACCUUCCUGCUCGAUCUUUGUCUUUGCAGCUACUGGAUACGCUCGGUACGACCUUGGAAGCGCGGCUCUACUUUGUCCAGAUUCCAAGCACUGAUUCUUCGGAAACACGUGCGGAACACUUGAUCGGGAUCACUGAGAUUGUCAGCAAUCAGGUGGUCGCCAGUCGCGCUGGCUCAAGGGCUGACACUGAAGAUAUGAGGUUUUUGCUGGGGUCCAGGGUACCUCAGGAGGAGCAAAAGAGUGGCACCCGGAGUGCCCCACGUAGCAGAACAUCUGAGGUGGGGUGGAAAUCACUGAAGGGACUUCAGAAUGUCAAGUUCAUGAUCGAUGCCACAAGUGUCCACGAUGGUUUUCGGAUCUAUUCCGUGGAGUUCAAUUUCGACAAGGAAGAGAAGUCUUCGAUUUUACCAAAUCUAUUGGAGUGGGUGCAGCCAGACACUCGCCAAACCCUUUUUUGCUGGAUUCAAGACCAUGUGAAUGCCUUUGCUUCUGGAACGUCUUGUGACACCUUCGUUGAGCGGGUUCAGCUGCUUGAUCCGCUUCAAUCUCAAAGCCUUCUGGCGGGCAAAGUGGUUGCUCUUGACAUGAAACAGGAAGCUGAACAUAGCAAUCAAGGACUGGUUGUUACGGAGACAUCUAGCAAUGAAUGCCAUGGAUCCGAUUGCACAGAGCAGGAAACAGAGGAAGCUUGCCCGAUACUUUUCCAGAUUCAGAUGAGCGACUUCUUCACCCCGGCAUGA